UUAUUCUCUUAUGCCUCAAAGCCUUCAAAACUCUCUGCUUUUUAAGCCUUCCUCCUUUCUCUUCUCUUCUUCUGUUUUCCUCUGCCAUAGCUUCUGUCUUUGAAUUUUAGAUGGCUGCAACAGAAACAAUAACAGCGGAACCUCACGAAGCCGAAGAACAACAACAUCAACAACACCACGUAUACGUAGAAGCAGAACCUCUCUCAUACAAGACCGUCGUGUUGAGAGUCUCCAUCCACUGCCAAGGCUGCAAAAGGAAAGUCCAGAAAAUUCUUCAAGCCGUUCACGGUGUUCACACUAUAGACAUUGAUUUGAGGCAGCACAAAGUGGUAGUAACGGGGAACGUUAACAGCGAGACGUUGAUUUGGAAAUUGACUAAGGCAGGGAAGCAUGCUGAGUUAUGGCCUCAAUUAAAAGCAGAUUCCAAAAAGAAAAAGCAACCCAAACCAGAAAGCAGCCAAGGAAUUAACCAAACCGAUAAACAAGCUGUUAACGUUGUUGCUCAAGGCACUAACGCUAACGUUAGCAAACCCGGCGAAGGAUGCGCGACCGGUAAAGCCGGUGUUCAGAUUCAAGAGCCGAAGCCGGAGGUGAUCAGGCAGACCGUGGUACUACCACCGGCCGGUCCGGUAACUGAGAAGGUCAGCAUCGCAGUUCAAGUUCCUAACGACAAUGAAGCAACCGGGAAUGAGAAUAUAACCGGCGGUACCGGUGGCGGUGGUGCAGGGAAAAAGAAGAAAAAGAAGGCGAGCGUGAAAGGGAGUACUAAUAACAACGCCAACGAAGGUGCUGGUGCUGCUACUGUUACUGUUGAACACGCUAAAGCAAACGAUGGUUCCGGACCUUCUUCCGGUAACCAGUCACAUGGUCAAGGUCAUGUACAUGUUCAUGGGCCAUGGCUUCCAUUUUCAAGCCCAGCCAAUGAGAGUCCACCACGUCAUCAUAACAUUUACCGUCAGUACCCACCGCAUUACUAUGCUCCUCCUCCUCCUCCUCCUCCUCCUACUACCCCUGCUGUUCAUACGGUCAUGAGUUAUCACACGGCGCAUCCUAGCAGCAGCUACGGUACAGCGUAUUACACCUCUCCGCAACCGUAUUCGUACGCCCACGUGGUGCGUCCAGGGAACGAAAUGGAGCCUCCACCACCGUACACGUACGAAAGGGAAUCGUAUGCUUCAUCGCAGCCGUCGGAUUCCUUCGAGCUCUUCAGCGAUGAAAAUCCAAAUGCGUGCUCGGUCAUGUAAAUGUAAGUGUGUGUGAUGCAUCAUUACGCGCAAUUAUUUCUUUGAACUGCUUUACCACAUACGACUUGUACGAGCAUGGAGUAAUUUUGUAAUGCUUGUAGAGUUGGAGAUAUACAAGAAUAUUAUUAUCACAGGCUUCUUUUUUUUUUAUUAUUUUUAUGAAAAAAGAAAACUAUUUCUUUUUUUUUUUAAUGGGGUCUGACUUCUGAGCCUCCGGUUUUUGUUCAGUGGUUGUUCUUGCUUUUUACCACACUAGAACUACAGAAUAAUACGUUGAAUUGAAACAUUA